UCAUGUACGCAUCGAUUGUGCUAUCAGUUUUGAUCGGUCAGGUCGCAUCCAAGUUGGCUUCGGUUGAUCUGUUAUCUCACUAUGGGACCUCGCUGUACCGUACCAUCGAUCCAGGUGUUGAUGCACUAAUCAGAGGUUUGAAUCGUUCAACUGGCGUUCAACCAUGGGAGCUCGGCAAUCUGAUUGAAAGCGAUAUGCGUCUUCCGUUGCCAAGACUACGGAAUGGUUUGGUUGGUAAUAUGACAUCAUUUUUCCGUUGGCCCAAUGCUACUUUGAUCUAUAAAAUUAGUAAAAAUUUCAAUGACACGGAACGCUCCUUCAUCCUCGGAGCGAUGCGCGAGUUUGAGAAGUACACCUGUGUGCGGUUUAGGGAGCGCGUCAAAGAGAAGGCCUACGCUUCCAUCGACAAUAGCGACUAUGGAUGCUGGGCUGACGUGGGUCGUGGAACUGGCAAAACGUUGGUCAACCUCCAACAGGGUUGUGCGAAUGGGCUGACCACUCCGAUUCACGAGCUGAUGCAUGCUCUGGGAUUUUACCACGAGCAUAACCGGUUGGAUCGGGACAAUUAUAUUGACGUCAUCUACGAUAACAUGAUUCCGGAUCCGUCAAUUUACUACAAUUUUCAACUACCGGAGGCGAGUGAAGUGACCAAUUUUAACAUCCCGUACGACAUCGGGAGUAUUAUGCACUACUCUCAGUACUCGUUUUCGGUGAAACCGGGAAAGUUGGAAACAAUGCGAGCGAAGAUUCCCUGGUCCAGUGCUUUCGGCCAGGGAGAAACUCUGACGAAGUUUGACGCACUGCUGAUAAACAUUAUGUACUGUGGGGUGGUGCAACCACAGGAACCGUUACCCGUUCCGGAUCGAUGGACUCCGGCGGAACCUUUGGUUCGCAAGGGCACGACGACGGCACGACCGAGCCGUUUGACAACGAGUCGAAAGGUGAUCACGCGAAAGCCGACCUAUAUGAGGAUGAAUAAGGAAGCGAUGGAGAAAAUGGAACAGGCAUUGCGGGAUAAAUUGAGCGGAUGACGGGAAAUGGUUGCUUUUUAUACAAAGAUGAAGAUAUUUCAAUAAAACAGGAUUCUUACUUGAUUGUUUAUAAAGAAUUAACUGAGAAAGCCUCAAGAAGUAGCCAUCUUUGAAAUCUAAAAAGAGCAGUUUUGUUCAAGCCAAAGCAAAGUCUUCGUGAAAAACAAUCAAUGGUACUCCACUAAUGUCCCGAAUACAUUAAUUUAUUUUCAUGAAGAUUGUGUAAAGAACAGCGAAAAAAAACUGCUUUGUUGUUUUUAAA